AUCACCCAGGCGCCGCCGGCCCCGCUGGCGGCUGUGGAGCGAGCCCGCGUCCCACUCCCGCGUCCCGGACCCCGCUCCCCGCUCCCCGCUCCAGCCUGGCUGCCCGAGCGGGAGGCGCAGCCCGCGGAGGCUCCGGCCCACAGCUCUGCCGGCCGCAGGAGCCAGAUUUCACACUGAGCAGCUGCAGACGGAGCAAUCAGAGAAAGCACAACCAGCCUGGAUUCCCAGGGGCCUGCCGGGCACUCCGCCUGCUCCGGAGGGAAGCCCUGAGGCCGCUCUCUCGGGCCGGUCUCCGCUGCCAUGGAACCGGCAGCCGCCACUCCCCGGCUGCCCUCCGCACUGCCAGGCAGAUAAGGGUGGCGCUGCCCCAGGAGCACCUGCGACCAGCCCUUCUUCCGCUUUGGGCCACCUGUGCUGACCUGAUGCCAUGUAGGCCCCCUCGGGCCUCUGGGGACAGACACACCACCGGGGACUCCGCCUGUGCAGCCUGGGGCACCCCGCGCACCACCAUGCCCCGGGGAUUCUCCUGGCUCCACUAUCUCGGCAUCCUCCUCGGCAUGGCCUUGGGGAACCAGGACCUGGAGGUGUGGCCCCUGACGCAGAGCAAGGAGUGCGUCCUCACUGGCAUCCUGCGGGGCAAGCUGCAGUACAGGAACCGCCUUCAGUACAUGAAACAGUACUUCCCCAUCGGCUACAGGGUCAGCAUGCCUUACGAGGGGGUGCUCAGAGCGGCCAACGUCACCAGGCUGCAGAGGGCCCGCGUGAGCCAGCAGGAGCUGCGCCACCUGUGGGUCUCGGUGAGUCUCAGCGCCACCGAGGCCGUGCAGGGGGUGCUGCUCGAAGGCCACCCGUCCUGGAAGUACCUGAAGGACAUCCACUCUCUGCUGGUGGAAGUCCAGCAGGCCCUCGGGGACGUGAAGCUCAGCCCCCCGGCGGAUGCUGUGCUGUCCCUCCUGAGUGACCCGCGGCUGAGCCUGAAGCUGGUGCGGCCCAAAGCCCUGCUGGACAACUGCUUUCGGGUCAUGGAGCUGCUGUACUGCUCCUGCUGUAAAGAAACAUCCGUCCAAAACUGGCAGGGCUGUCAGGUGCCCAGCCCUCAGCCCCACGGCCCGGAGCCCCUGCCGCAGUGUGUGGCCGCCUAGCUGUGCUCUCCGCCCCACAGCCCCGCUCCGGCUGCAAGGCCGCCAGCCUCUGAGGGCAGAGGCCUGCCCAGCGGGAGCUGGAGGCGCUCCCAGUCGGACUGGGCCUGAGGUCGCUGGGUGGUGGGGGGCGCCCCCCUUGGGAGAGCCCCAGGGAGGGUGUUUUUCCUUUGGGGGGGUGUCCUGUGGGGGGAAGGCUCGGCUCCCCCCCUCGGUGCCUCACAAGGUCUCUCCGGGAGUGGUGGGGGCCUGGGGGCACCUGGAGGCGGACGAGGCUCACAGCUCACCGCCCCUCCUGGCACCGCCCAGGAGCUGUGCCGGGUGGGCAGGUGGGUGUGGCGGACACAGGACUUGGCCAGGCUGGGGAGAGGGCAGAGCCAAACGCCGUAUCUUGCCACAGUGGGUUCUCUGCCCGUUUACUUUUUUCUAUUAAACACCCACUUUAUUUUG